AUGCUCCUGCAGCAGCUCGAAGCAGAACAGACCAACACCCCUCGCGGCCGCGUCUUCUUCUCAGCUGAGCUCCCAGGGGAGCCCUACGAUGAAGCUGAGGCAGCUUUGCACAGGAACACCAUCAUGAACAGCAGCAGCAGCAGCAGCAGCAGCGGGGGCUGCAGCAGCAGCAACGGCAGCAGCGGCAACAGCGGCAACAGCGGCAGCAGCGCGGGCAGCAGCAACGGCGGGCUGGCGCAGCAGCGGCGCAGCCGCAGCAAACUCAAAGCUGCUCCUGCUGCUGCAGUGAGCGAUCACGUGAGCGGCGCUGGGAACCUUGGGGUGUCUGUACACCCCACAGCCUUCGGGGACUCUCUGGCGUCCUUCGAAGGCAGCCCCUCCCCAGCAGCAGCAGCAGCAGCAGCAGCUGGGCCCCCAGCAGCAGCAGCAGCAGCAGCAGCAGCAGCAGCAGCAGCAAGCGAGGGCUCGGAACUCCCUGUGAACCUGCAUGCAUUGACCACCAACUACACUAUUGCUGCGCAGUACCUGCAGGUGCUGCAGCUUCUGGCAGUGCAGCGGCAAAUAAUGGAGCUGACGGAGAGUCUGAAGACAACAGACCUGCAAACAGCAGCAGCAGCAGCAGCAACGGGAGCAGCAGCAGCAGCAGGGCGGGCGCCGGGAGCGGAGGCCGGGGGCUUCUCUGGGUCUGCUGCAGCAGCAGCAGCAGCAGCGUUGUCCAGCUGCUUCGGGGGCAAAAUGGAGGCGCAGUCGCUUUUGAAUCAGCAGCUGAUUUUGCGGCUAGCAGCAGAAGCAGGUUUGUCUAGUGCUUUCCAAACAGGAAGCCCCAGCAGCAACGGAGCUGCUGCUGCUGCUGCUGCUUCUUCUGUGUCGCUGCUGGGCGAGCUCGAGCGAAAGGUCUCGGCGCUGGAGUGCCUCGUGGUGGGGAACCGUCCGGCGGGCCGGCUGCAGCAGCAAACAGCAGCAGCAGCAGCUGCUGCUGCUGCUGCGGCGGGCAGCAGCAGCAGCGGCGCCGCGCUCACGUCGGCGGCCGCCGCCAAGCGCAAGGCCGAACUCAGCAGCAGCUGCAGCAGCAGCAGCGGCAAGCAGCUGGCGCUGAGCUGCUUGACCCCCGAAAGCCCCGUCGAUGACUUCGAUUCUGCUGCUGCUUCUUCUUGCUGCUCUGCUUCUUCUUCUUCUUCUGCAUGCAACACUCCAGACUCUCUGGGCGGCGAGCGGCUGCUGCUGCUGUCUUCGCUGUGGCAGCCGCUGCCCCCGGCGGAGGGCCUUGCGGGGAAGCUGAAGGAGUAG